AUGCCCGACCACCCCACAGCCACAUUGACCACCACAAAUACAACCCCCGCACCCGCACCCGCACCCGCACCCGCAGACCCCCCUCCCACCAGCACCUCCCCCCAAACCCCCCAACCCCCCCAGCCCCGCCCCUCAACAACAACAACAACAACAGAAGCAACAGAAGCCCGCACCGCAUUCACCGCCACGCUGCGCAGCACAGCCCAAACGCACGAGACGCAGCUGCGCGAGCGCGCCCGGAUCCUGCACGAUAACGCAUCCGCCCUCGAGCGCCAGGAGCACGCGCUGGCGGGGGCGACGGCCGCGCUGGCCGCGCAGAACGCCCAGCUCACCAAGACGGCGGACGCGGCGCGCGACGCCCUGAAGGAGAUCGGCGACGUGCAGAACUGGGCGGAGGUGAUUGAGCGGGAGCUGUUGGUGGUGGAGGAGACGCUGCGGUUGGUUGAGGGUCCGCGGAAUCAUCAUCAUCAGCGGGGAUAUGGGGAUAGGGAGGGGGGUGAUCUUUAUCAUGGGGAUGGGGUUGGGGAGGGGGAUCAGGAUGAGGGGGAACCUAGGCUUGUGAAUGGGGCUGGGAAUGGGGUUGGGAAUGGGAAGGUGAGGAGAAAUGAUACUAGAACUGGAGAGGGGGAGGAGGAUGAUGAGGGCGAUAAUGGUGAUGACGAAGAGAGUCAGGGGAAGCGGAGGAGUGGGUGGUUUCGGUGGUGGUGA